GUGAAAGGCGGCAAUACGCAACAAAGCGUCUAGUCUACCGGAAAGCAACACGAAGAAGAACUUGUGACGAUAGUGAAAUGGCUGCGCCCAUGAAGAAUGGGCGACACUUUGGUCAAUGGAUAGGCAUUUUGUUAUUUUGGGUGGGUCUCAUACCCUCUGCCACGGCGCUUAUCGAGGGACUUUAUUGUGGCACGGAGAUUUGUUACGAUGUACUCGGAGUACCGAGAGAUGCGGUUAAAUCCGACAUAGGUCGUGCAUACAGACAAUUAGCCAGAAAGUAUCACCCCGAUAGAUUCUCAAGUCUCACAGGCGAGACACGUGAAAGUGCUCAUCAACAUUUUUUGCUCAUUGCAACUGCAUAUGAAACUCUGAAGGAUGAGGACUCCCGUAGAGACUACGACUACAUGCUGGACCACCCUGAAGAGUACUACAGCCACUACUACACCUACUACAGGAGACGACUGGCACCCAAAGUGGACGUACGGAUUGUCAUUCUGGUCACCGUGGUUGCUAUAUCCAUCUUUCAGUACUACAGUUGGUGGGCCAGCUACACUGAAGCCAUCAACUACCUAUCAACGGUCCCCAAGUUUCGUAUCCAGGCGACAGAGAUAGCCAAGCAGCUGGGUCUCCUGAACAAGACAAAAGAGAAGGGCAAGAACCGCCGGUCCAAAGAGGAGAUCCGGGAACAGGAAGAAGAGGUAAUCCGUGACAUCAUCAAGAACAAGAUCGACAUCAAGGGAGGCUACCAGAAGCCUGAAAUCUUGGACAUCCUGCUCUGUCAGAUUGUCCUGUUCCCUUACUGCCUGUGUGCCUAUGUGAUCUGGUACUGUAAGUGGAUCUACAGGUUCACCAUCUGCAGAGAGGAGUACGGAGACGAGGAGAAGCUCUACAUCAUCAGGAGGAACAUGAAGAUGUCUCAGUCUCAGUUCGACAGUCUGGAGGCGGAGCAGAGAGACACCUUACUGGAGAGGCAGCUCUGGAUCAAAGACAACUAUGAGGUGUACAAGGAAGAACAGGAGGAAGAGAUGAAGACGAAGAUGGCCCUGGACCCCAGGUGGAAGAGGUACCGACGGUGGAUGAAGAAUGAAGGCCCUGGACGACUCACUUUUAUUGACGAUUGACAACAUGCCUAUCAAUAAUCACACCUGACUUGUGUCUGUUAUACAGUCACACUGUGUUUGUAUACCUGUGUAUUUGUGAAUAAAUCUACUGAUGAUGUUUAUACAGACGAUUAACAAUAAUUCCUGUUUGUAUGGAAUGGUAACAUUAUUUUCAAGAGAUAUUCUAUCGGGACAGAGAUCUUUUAUAUAAUGAUGAGAUGCUCAUGUCUCCGCCCUAAUGACAGGAGUCGUUGUCCCGACAGGCAAUAAUCUUUGGUCUGCUUAAGCCCAUAGAAAUACAUUGGGCUUAUUUUGGACAGAGUUUGGCGAGGGAUAACCCUCCUCUUUGAUAGAAGACACAAGUGGAGUCUAUAAUCAUAGGUUCUCGUCUUCAAACCGCUGCUUGAAGUGUUGCACCAUCAGAUUUCCUCACACUGUUGCACUCUGUUAUUGUGCAUGAGCAUUUAGUUGGAUAGAGGGCACACUUAACAAAGGUAAAAGAUGAGCUCUAGUGUAUCUCUAUGUUCAUAUAUCUUCUAUACUCAUUAAGAUGUCGUACUUCAAAUUAUCAUUUUUUUUUCAUGGAUUGUGGACGUUUUAAGAUGAACGGUAUUUUUUUAUAGCUUUUAAGGUAUAUGGAAUAUUUUUUGCAGUGUACUUACUGCUGGUGCUGCCUUUCAUAAAAUGGUCUUUCAGCAUUCUGCCUGUAUCAGAAACCUGCCUGAAGGAGCUGCUCUUAUUACGAAGCCUACUGUAUUUGGAACACAACCCAAGGUUUACAGUCCGUUGUAGCUGCUCGUCUGUCUCUGGUCUGUCAUCCCAUCAGAUCCAAAUUAGCUCUACUUCUGGUCUCCGUUGGUCCGCGAACCAUUGGGGGCUCCUGAGUGGCGCAGCGGUCUGAGGCAUCGCAGUGCUAGAGGGCAUCACUACAGACCCUGGUUCAAUCCUGGGCUGUAUCACAACCGGCCGUGAUCGGAAGUCCCAUAGGGCGGCACAC